AUGCUCGACUCGCUACCGGCGUUGUAUUCCAGCCAGGCGCCAGUUUCUGCUGCUUCCGAGGCCGAGGCGGGGGAGGCGAUGGAAUCAACGCCCGCCCGCCGGGCGAUGUCAUUCUAUCCAGUGCUCAUUGAGGUUGCCGGGAGCAUGGACGACGCCAUUGUGCGCGAUGUGACACAGCGCCUGCGUCGUUACCGAAACCGCUAUCAGCCGCUGCUGCGGUGCAUGUUCACAUUGGUCGCCACCACCGUUCCAGAGACGCGGCUGUUUGGCGACGACAGUGCCGCUGCCUUGGGGGCUCAGUCCCGCCCAACCACCGCAGCGGGGGGUCAGCUGUUCACUGCGCCUAAGCACGCAGUUACCGUCAACAAGACCCACCCGCUCGUGUCGCGCUUCUAUCCAUGUCAGCACGUAUGCGCGCAACAGAAGAGUUGCAGUGACUAUACCACUGCUGUAGAGCCGGCCGCGCUGCCCGGCGCGUCCUCUGGCGCCCUCCAGCCGUGCUGGAUAGACGACCCAGCGACGGCGGCGCUCUCUGGUGUCACCACCGCUGCCGACUGUCAUGAUCGUUCCGUUCGGAGGCUGGAGGACUUCAUGGCGUAUCAUUUUCUGCCGCUCGCCAUGACGCACAACUCCUCCCCACCGAAGGCGGUCUCUGCAUCGGCCAAAACGUUCGUAUUGCGACACUACGUGAACGAAGCGAGCCGCACGUCUUCGUUCCUGCUUGCGGAUCCCUUCUACACCUCUGCCAGUGUCCCUGCAGACACCGUCGCAGGAGCGGCCAUCAUCGACCCGCGGGCUGAGCAGCUAGAGGCUUAUGCCGCGGACCUGAGUCGUAUUGGUGUCACCCUCAGCUGUAUCGUUUUCACGCACUGCUACGUCGACGGUGCCUCGGGGCUGUCCGAACUCGUUGAAAGCUUCCCGGCUGCCCGCGUUGUCUCCGGAAUCCCUCUCGCGCCUGCCGGCACCACAGAGGACGUGCAGCUGAGCCCUCGCCUACGACUCCGAACCGUGCGGGUGCCAGCCUUCUCACCAGAGUGUCUGCUAGCAGAGAUUUACUUUUCUGAAGUUCUCAAGGGUCUGUGCACGGGCGUUCUGUGGAGCACCGAUGCUGGACCUCGCUGUGACCUACUGCACUGGUCUGCUUUUCCCCGCGAGACGGGACACGGACCUGCGCCGGCUUCCUCCUCCAUCAACGGCGGCGGUGGUGACCGCGACGCUGCCCUGGUGCACACUCACGAGAUGCUCAAGAAGUACUUGUUCGAGACCUACUUUUCGCCGCUCUGCGCAAGUGUUAACGGGCCGAGUCGGCCAAGCGGGAGACCGGCCAAGUCGGCCCGCACCGACGAGGCUGUUGAGCACCAGGAGGAAAAGUUGGAGGAGACGACGCCUGAAAGCAACGCUCUGGAGCAAGUUGUUCUGCUCCCCACACACGGUGGGUACAACAACGUGACGGGCCAGCUGGAUCUCUACUGGGCGGCGUAUCUCGGCGACCUGGCUCGCAUGAAGCACUCUCGCGCCGUUAUGGACGCGCUUGCCACGACAGCAGAGGCGUUCGCCAGGUACAACAGGCGCUUACCACCGCUGCCGCACCCACCGUCCUUCGAUGCCACUCGUGUGGUGCAUCUUCGUCAACUACUUGCGCUACUAAAGCCUGAGCAGCAGGCAGCAUGCUUGGCGCAGCUUCCUGCCGACAUGCAGCACGCGCUGCGGUACUCCUUCGACCCUUCAGCCGCGCACGGCGCACUCGGUGACCCGUCGAAUGUGUCUCGCCGGCAGUUUGCUUCCUUUUCCUCGUACGCGAACCUCGUCGACGUGCGCGAUGCCAACGACUAUCACGCGCUGCACCUCUGCGGCGCUGUCAACGUACCCAUGAGCUUCCCGGGUGUGGCCUAUGGUGCCCGGAGAGCGGAGUUGUGGCUUCAAUGCGUAAUCGUCCCCUUUCAGCCUAUUGUGGCCCUCUGUGCAACCGAGGAGCAGCGUGCCGAGGUGUUGCGACGCCUCUCAGCGCUGUCUCCAGAGAGUCGCGUGCAUGUGUUCACGCGGACCGACCUUUCAGACACGUUGGAGUUUUCGGCGGUGCACUCGACGCGAGGGGGACCGGUAACUACAACAAAGCUGUCGUGGCGUGAAGUGUCGUGCGACGUGCCCGCAAGUGUGACUUCCGACGUGACCCUUCCUCGCAACCUGCGUUGGAUCCAACGCGACGACGCGCUCGCUAACUUGACAUCGUACGAAGACCUAACAGCAGCGGAACCCACCGAUACGCGCGUCGUGCUCGACGUGCGCACGCCGUACGAGUUUAAAAACGGCUCACACCAGCACAGUGUGCACGUGGAGCUGGCUCAGCUAUGCGCCAUGGCGGUCGAAGACGCCGUCGAGGCAUCGAGGCCGCUAUCGCAGUGGCACUGCGGUAGCUCACCGAGGCUGGCGGACGCGUAUAUGAAGACCAUACACACAGCGGCGCUCAUGGCGCGCCUCCCUGUCGUGCGGCAGGAAGCGUCUCUCUCCGACGUUGUCAUCUACUGUGCUGGUGGGUAUCGCUCAUUAAUCGCGUCGUCGCUGCUUCAGCGCGCCAUAGAAGCUUCGGCCACCCCUGCGUGGCGCACGCUGCACAUCUUCAACGUCUCGGGUGGUGCCUUUCAAAUCAUGACGCAGCGGCCGGACCUGUGGCAGGUCAAGGACCGCUCCGUUGUUUGUAUUAGCUGA